AUGCUACCGACGUGCAACGAGUUUCGAAGACACUCUAGAGCUCUGCUGAUGAAGAUUCCUCAAGACAAUCAUCCCCAUGUGCAGCCCCAGCAAAUGUCCAACAGCAGCUCCAUCAGGCAUUUCCUCCUACUGGCAUCGGCAGACACAUGGCAGCUGCAGCUCCUGUACUUCCGCCUCUUGCUGGACAUCUCCCUGGCUGCCCUCCUGGGCAACGGCCUCAUCAUCAGCGCUGUAGCCUGUGGCCACCACCUGCACACGCCCAUGUCUUCUUCCGCCUCUCUCCUGAUCCUUUUCCCGCCGGUGAAGCCCUCAGACCUCUCCCCUCCCGCCCCCAACAUCUCGGUGAUGCCGGCCAAGGCGCGUUUCCUGGUAGGCGAUGCCGUGUCCAUCUCCUGCGCCGCGCCGGCGCCGCCCAGCACCGACCGCAUCCAGGCCUUCCGCUUCAACGGCACCUCAGGCUGGGCCAGCGACGUCCGUACGUCCCGCCGGACGUCUGUCCACACCUUCACAGUCACCGGGCCCCACGACGGCGGCUUCCACACCUGCUCCUACAGCGUCGUCCGGCGCGGUGGCCGCGUCCUCCACUCGCCACCCAGCCGGGCUGUGGUCAUCAAUGUCCGAGACCGCCCGACCCAACCCAACCUGACGGUGACACCCUCGGGCCUCACGGUGCAAGGGCAGCCCCUCCUCUUCCUCUGCAUGGCCCCGCCCAGCAAAGCCCCUCGGCGCCACUUCCGCUUCCUCCGGGAUGAGCUCGAGGUCUCCGAGGGCAUCGUGGAAGGUUCUGGAAGCGCCCGGCUGAGGGUGGAGAGGAGCGGCCAGAACCAGACCGGGAACUUCAGCUGCAGCUAUGAGGAGAUGACCGAGGGGCGCUGGAUUGCCUCCUACCCCAGCGAGGCCGUGGCAGUGGUGGUGGAAGACCCGUGUCCGCCCCCUGUGCUUUGGGUGGAGCCUCCGUCUGGCGUGGUCACUGCGGGUCAGCGGCUGCGCCUGACCUGUUCCGCGAGCCGACGUCACUUCCGGCGCCGCUUCCGCUUCUUCCGCGAUGGCGUCGAGCUGACUCCGGGUGACCUCAUCGAUGACGUCAUCAGUGACGUCACUGGUGAUGGGUCCCAGCUGGUGUUCCUGCGGAUUUCGCCAGAAUUUUCUGGGAAUUUCAGCUGCCUGCUGGAGGAGGAGGUGGGCGGGGCCUGGGUGGAGGCUCCGCCCAGUGAAGGCGUGGCCGUGGUGGUCAUGGACCUCUCCCCUCCCGCCCCCAGCAUCUCGGUGAUGCCGACCAAGGCGCGUUUCCUGGUGGGCGAUGCCGUGUCCAUCUCCUGCGCCGCGCCGGCGCCGCCCAGCACCGACCGCAUCCAGGCCUUCCGCUUCAACGGCACCUCAGGCUGGGCCAGCGACGUCCGUACGUCCCGCCGGACGUCUGUCCACACCUUCACAGUCACCGGGCCCCACGACGGCGGCUUCCACACCUGCUCCUACAGUGUCGUCCGGCGCGGUGGCCGCGUCCUCCACUCGCCACCCAGCCGGGCUGUGGUCAUCAAUGUCCGAGACCGCCCGACCCAACCCAACCUGACGGUGACACCCUCGGGCCUCACGGUGCAAGGGCAGCCCCUCCUCUUCCUCUGCAUGGCCCCGCCCAGCAAAGCCCCUCGGCGCCACUUCCGCUUCCUCCGGGAUGAGCUCGAGGUCUCCGAGGGCAUCGUGGAAGGUUCUGGAAGCGCCCGGCUGAGGGUGGAGAGGAGCGGCCAGAACCAGACCGGGAACUUCAGCUGCAGCUAUGAGGAGAUGACCGAGGGGCGCUGGAUUGCCUCCUACCCCAGCGAGGCCGUGGCAGUGGUGGUGGAAGACCCGUGUCCGCCCCCUGUGCUUUGGGUGGAGCCUCCGUCUGGCGUGGUCACUGCGGGUCAGCGGCUGCGCCUGACCUGUUCCGCGAGCCGACGUCACUUCCGGCGCCGCUUCCGCUUCUUCCGCGAUGGCGUCGAGCUGACUCCGGGUGACCUCAUCGAUGACGUCAUCAGUGACGUCACUGGUGAUGGGUCCCAGCUGGUGUUCCUGCGGAUUUCGCCAGAAUUUUCUGGGAAUUUCAGCUGCCUGCUGGAGGAGGAGGUGGGCGGGGCCUGGGUGGAGGCUCCGCCCAGUGAAGGCGUGGCCGUGGUGGUCAUGGACCUCUCCCCUCCCGCCCCCAGCAUCUCGGUGAUGCCGACCAAGGCGCGUUUCCUGGUGGGCGAUGCCGUGUCCAUCUCCUGCGCCGCGCCGGCGCCGCCCAGCACCGACCGCAUCCAGGCCUUCCGCUUCAACGGCACCUCAGGCUGGGCCAGCGACGUCCGUACGUCCCGCCGGACGUCUGUCCACACCUUCACAGUCACCGGGCCCCACGACGGCGGCUUCCACACCUGCUCCUACAGUGUCGUCCGGCGCGGUGGCCGCGUCCUCCACUCGCCACCCAGCCGGGCUGUGGUCAUCAAUGUCCGAGACCGCCCGACCCAACCCAACCUGACGGUGACACCCUCGGGCCUCACGGUGCAAGGGCAGCCCCUCCUCUUCCUCUGCAUGGCCCCGCCCAGCAAAGCCCCUCGGCGCCACUUCCGCUUCCUCCGGGAUGAGCUCGAGGUCUCCGAGGGCAUCGUGGAAGGUUCUGGAAGCGCCCGGCUGAGGGUGGAGAGGAGCGGCCAGAACCAGACCGGGAACUUCAGCUGCAGCUAUGAGGAGAUGACCGAGGGGCGCUGGAUUGCCUCCUACCCCAGCGAGGCCGUGGCAGUGGUGGUGGAAGACCCGUGUCCGCCCCCCGUGCUUUGGGUGGAGCCUCCGUCUGGCGUGGUCACUGCGGGUCAGCGGCUGCGCCUGACCUGUUCCGCGAGCCGACGUCACUUCCGGCGCCGCUUCCGCUUCUUCCGCGAUGGCGUCGAGCUGACUCCGGGUGACCUCAUCGAUGACGUCAUCAGUGACGUCACUGGUGAUGGGUCCCAGCUGGUGUUCCUGCGGAUUUCGCCAGAAUUUUCUGGGAAUUUCAGCUGCCUGCUGGAGGAGGAGGUGGGCGGGGCCUGGGUGGAGGCUCCGCCCAGUGAAGGCGUGGCCGUGGUGGUCAUGGACCUCUCCCCUCCCGCCCCCAGCAUCUCGGUGAUGCCGGCCAAGGCGCGUUUCCUGGUGGGCGAUGCCGUGUCCAUCUCCUGCGCCGCACCGGCGCCGCCCAGCACCGACCGCAUCCAGGCCUUCCGCUUCAACGGCACCUCAGGCUGGGCCAGCGACGUCCGUACGUCCCGCCGGACGUCUGUCCACACCUUCACAGUCACCGGGCCCCACGACGGCGGCUUCCACACCUGCUCCUACAGCGUCGUCCGGCGCGGUGGCCGCGUCCUCCACUCGCCACCCAGCCGGGCUGUGGUCAUCAAUGUCCGAGACCGCCCGACCCAACCCAACCUGACGGUGACACCCUCGGGCCUCACGGUGCAAGGGCAGCCCCUCCUCUUCCUCUGCAUGGCCCCGCCCAGCAAAGCCCCUCGGCGCCACUUCCGCUUCCUCCGGGAUGAGCUCGAGGUCUCCGAGGGCAUCGUGGAAGGUUCUGGAAGCGCCCGGCUGAGGGUGGAGAGGAGCGGCCAGAACCAGACCGGGAACUUCAGCUGCAGCUAUGAGGAGAUGACCGAGGGGCGCUGGAUUGCCUCCUACCCCAGCGAGGCCGUGGCAGUGGUGGUGGAAGACCCGUGUCCGCCCCCUGUGCUUUGGGUGGAGCCUCCGUCUGGCGUGGUCACUGCGGGUCAGCGGCUGCGCCUGACCUGUUCCGCGAGCCGACGUCACUUCCGGCGCCGCUUCCGCUUCUUCCGCGAUGGCGUCGAGCUGACUCCGGGUGACCUCAUCGAUGACGUCAUCAGUGACGUCACUGGUGAUAGGUCCCAGCUGGUGUUCCUGCGGAUUUCGCCAGAAUUUUCUGGGAAUUUCAGCUGCCUGCUGGAGGAGGAGGUGGGCGGGGCCUGGGUGGAGGCUCCGCCCAGUGAAGGCGUGGCCGUGGUGGUCAUGGACCUCUCCCCUCCCGCCCCCAGCAUCUCGGUGAUGCCGGCCAAGGCGCGUUUCCUGGUGGGCGAUGCCGUGUCCAUCUCCUGCGCCGCGCCGGCGCCGCCCAGCACCGACCGCAUCCAGGCCUUCCGCUUCAACGGCACCUCAGGCUGGGCCAGCGACGUCCGUACGUCCCGCCGGACGUCUGUCCACACCUUCACAGUCACCGGGCCCCACGACGGCGGCUUCCACACCUGCUCCUACAGCGUCGUCCGGCGCGGUGGCCGCGUCCUCCACUCGCCACCCAGCCGGGCUGUGGUCAUCAAUGUCCGAGACCGCCCGACCCAACCCAACCUGACGGUGACACCCUCGGGCCUCACGGUGCAAGGGCAGCCCCUCCUCUUCCUCUGCAUGGCCCCGCCCAGCAAAGCCCCUCGGCGCCACUUCCGCUUCCUCCGGGAUGAGCUCGAGGUCUCCGAGGGCAUCGUGGAAGGUUCUGGAAGCGCCCGGCUGAGGGUGGAGAGGAGCGGCCAGAACCAGACCGGGAACUUCAGCUGCAGCUAUGAGGAGAUGACUGAGGGGCGCUGGAUUGCCUCCUACCCCAGCGAGGCCGUGGCAGUGGUGGUGGAAGACCCGUGUCCGCCCCCCGUGCUUUGGGUGGAGCCUCCGUCUGGCGUGGUCACUGCGGGUCAGCGGCUGCGCCUGACCUGUUCCGCGAGCCGACGUCACUUCCGGCGCCGCUUCCGCUUCUUCCACGAUGGCGUCGAGCUGACUCUGGGUGACCUCAUCGAUGACGUCAUCAGUGACGUCACUGGUGAUGGGUCCCAGCUGGUGUUCCUGCGGAUUUCGCCAGAAUUUUCUGGGAAUUUCAGCUGCCUGCUGGAGGAGGAGGUGGGCGGGGCCUGGGUGGAGGCUCCGCCCAGUGAAGGCGUGGCCGUGGUGGUCAUGGACCUCUCCCCUCCCGCCCCCAGCAUCUCGGUGAUGCCGGCCAAGGCGCGUUUCCUGGUGGGCGAUGCCGUGUCCAUCUCCUGCGCCGCGCCGGCGCCGCCCAGCACCGACCGCAUCCAGGUCUUCCGCUUCAACGGCACCUCAGGCUGGGCCAGCGACGUCCGUACGUCCCGCCGGACGUCUGUCCACACCUUCACAGUCACCGGGCCCCACGACGGCGGCUUCCACACCUGCUCCUACAGCGUCGUCCGGCGCGGUGGCCGCGUCCUCCACUCGCCACCCAGCCGGGCUGUGGUCAUCAAUGUCCGAGACCGCCCGACCCAACCCAACCUGACGGUGACACCCUCGGGCCUCACGGUGCAAGGGCAGCCCCUCCUCUUCCUCUGCAUGGCCCCGCCCAGCAAAGCCCCUCAGCGCCACUUCCGCUUCCUCCGGGAUGAGCUCGAGGUCUCCGAGGGCAUCGUGGAAGGUUCUGGAAGCGCCCGGCUGAGGGUGGAGAGGAGCGGCCAGAACCAGACCGGGAACUUCAGCUGCAGCUAUGAGGAGAUGACCGAGGGGCGCUGGAUUGCCUCCUACCCCAGCGAGGCCGUGGCAGUGGUGGUGGAAGACCCGUGUCCGCCCCCCGUGCUUUUAGUGGAGCCUCCGUCUGGCGUGGUCACCGCUGGUCAGCGGCUGCGCCUGACCUGUUCCGCGAGCCGACGUCACUUCCGGCGCCGCUUCCGCUUCUUCCGCAAUGGCGUCGAGCUGACUCUGGGUGACCUCAUCGAUGACGUCAUCAGUGACGUCACUGGUGAUGGGUCCCAGCUGGUGUUCCUGCGGAUUUCGCCAGAAUUUUCUGGGAAUUUCAGCUGCCUGCUGGAGGAGGAGGUGGGCGGGGCCUGGGUGGAGGCUCCGCCCAGUGAAGGCGUGGCCGUGGUGGUCAUGGCCGAGUUCGAGUUCCCCCCAUUGGUCAUCGGCGGCGUGGUGGGCGUAGCCUUGACGCUUCUGGUGAUCCUAUUGGCUGCUUGGCUAGGCCGGAGGAGGAGGAGUCAGUGGGCGGGAGGGGAGGAUUUGGACCCCAAAAUGUCCCCAGAUCGCCUAUUUUAAUCCCAAAAUUUCCCUUGUCAGGCCAAAAAGGGAACAUUUCACCCC